AUUUCUGGUGUAUCUGUGGGAAGGAAGGUGAUCUCCACGUCUUACUCUUCCGUCCAUCUUCCCCUCGUCCCCCUCUUUUCAUUAUUAAGUGUUUAAACUGCAGAACCUUUUUGUGGCCUAUUUUUAAAAUAUCUAUCAUGUAUUUUAUGUGUGGUCCUCUUCCUUUCUUCCAGAUGCCAUGAAGUAGAUAAGCAUGACUUUUGGAUCAUGCACACUUGAGGGCAGGUCUGAGUUGCUGAAUCUCUGUGUUUGUACUUGAGCCUACACUUUGCAGUCCCCUUCAGGAUCACCGAAGGCCAAAGGAGAACUCUGUCUGCUGAAAGUUGUCCCCGAAGUAGCUGGUGUUGGGUACUUCACUCCUCAGAGUAGAAAAAUCACUGGGGCUUGCUGAGGGGACUGCUAACAAUGGCCUUCCCUCUAGGGGAGUAUGUCAGGAGGGUCUGGCCAUCCCUCCACUUGGCCUGCUUGCUAGUGCCUCUUCUUCCUCAAGGACAUCAGUUUCUUCCCUAUUCUCAGCAACCCCCAACCUCACACCCCACCAAACAUUCUUAGUUGUAGGUUAGGCUAUAGCACCGCCUCCACCAAAGACAACAGGAAAGGCCAGUAAAGUAGGUCAUGUCUGUCCACAGCUGUUUAAUUACUUUGUCGCUGUCAUCCAGGCAAAACUUUAAAAGGUUUAUGAGUAACAUAUUCCCUCCAGGGUAGUUGUCUCCACCUUCAAAGUCACAUGCACCACCCCUCACCUAGCUCUGCCUCACACCUCGUACGCCCAGUUCCCCUGAGCUCUGGCUCCAGCUGCUUCCCCAGCUUUUUUCACUUCCUCCAUGUGUCAGCAUGUAACCACUUGUUCCGGGCCUCCCAGAUCCUUAAGCAGAGUUCAAGGGGAACAAAAUGAUAUGUAAAUGUGAAUUUUUUUUAUUAUAAACAAUCUUCAUGUGUCUAAAAGCCAACUAAGUGUUGUAAGUGUCACAGUUUCCAAACAGUGCUGCAAAAUAAUUACAGUUUUAUCAUCAAAGUGAUUAAAAUGUUUUUCUCUUCUUAGCUCAUCUGAGCUUCAUCUCUGAGGUACUAUAGGCACUCCUAGGUGGCAACUCCUAAAGAUGGAAGAUUCUACACCUCCAGGGGCCUGGGUCUCUUCGGGAGGUAAGCCAGGUCCUCACUACUCCUUUGGCUUCCUUCCUGGGAGGUAGGUCAUCAUCAGGAGUUUUUUUUAUUGUAGGUCAAUCAACCGUCAAAGUUACAUGUUGGGGGUAGCAUUGCAAUUUCACCUCUUUCUCUUGGACCUGCCAGAUAUGACAAGCUUCUCCAUUUGCAGCAUUAAGGCAACUGUCUUGGGAACCUGUCACUGCCUCAGGACCCUCCUCACAUCACCUCACAGCAUCAGGGGUCAGAGUCGGGUACCUCUGUGUUCCUCUUGAGCAUGAAAGCCCCAUAGGGUAGAUUUUUUUCCCAGUAUAUUGACUCAACAACACUUCUGUUAGGUAUCAAACACUCAUUUAUUCACAGAUGAGAUCCUACCAUGAUCUUAGUACCAGAGAUACUAAAAUGCUCUCCACAAUCUCUCAGUGUAGUGAAGGAGAUGGAUUUGAAAACAGUAUAUUCACUAUAAUGUGGCAGGUGAUAAGGUAGUUGCACACAGGGACACAGAGAUCAUUUAACCCCAUGUGUGGUCUCAGGGAAGACUUGCAGGAGGAGAUAAGUCACAAAGAUGUGAAAGACCCUGAUGGAGUUGCAGCACCAUUAGCAGUGGCUAGCACUGGAAUACAGAGUGAGAGCCAAUGACCUGCAAGAGACGGCUUGGUACAAACUGGGGGUGAGGAGGUGCCAUUGAAAUGCUUAGCAACAGAGUGACAGUGUCACAUGUGCCUCUUAGGUAGAUGGCUCUGUAUGAAGGGUGAAGCCCAGAUUAGAAGACAGAUAUGUUUAGGGGCCUUGACUAGGGAUAAAGAGAAGGGGAAAGGUUCAAGAAAUAUUUGCACAGUUAAAUUAGCAGGACUUAGUGGCUGAUUGGCUGGAGGAGGAGGGGGAAGGAGUGUUCAUAUGAACUUAGGUUUCUGGCUUUGAUGAGUUUUUGGUAUUUGACCUACUGUUUACACUGAAACUGGUAGAUGCAAGUGGACUCUACACUUUGUGAGUCCCGGGUGAGGUAAUAUAUAUGAAUAUUAAAGGACAUCAAUUCCUCCAUCCAUCAACUUCUAAACAUUUAAAAAUUACGUUAUCUCUUGAUGAAUGUUAUCUCUUAGCAGUUAAGUUCGUUUUAGGCCUGACACUGGGAUUGGGGGUGAAGGGAGGAGUAAGCAGAUUUCAAAGCAGAAUUCUGACUAGGGAGAUUGAAGCUUGUUCCCCAGCUCCAGGCGGCCUGGUAAAGGACAUCUGGGGAGAAGCGGAAAGCAGCCACCUGACAGGAGAGGAGGGGACUGAUUGGCCCACAGGAACCGCCUGCCAGAGGAAACUGCAGCGGGUUUCAUUUCCUCCCUUUCAGCUCUGGACUUCUAUCAGGAGCUUUAUCUCUCUCCUAUUAUAAGCAAAAAUAAUUAAGACCAACUGAUCAUUAAAACACCUUUUCCCCCCUUCCAAAGAAAAAGCAAGACAUUUCAUUUCAAGUGGCUGUUUCCCUCUGAAGUGGCAGUGCAGCAGUACCCUUCUCUUCAUUCCGGGCUCAGCAGAAGUGUAUUUCACCUUCAGCAAGUGGGGGAAUCCCCUCUUCUGUGUGCCCUGCCCACCAGCCUAGGGCAUUGGGGAUCUUGUCCAGAAGCUUGUCCAGAGUCACUGAAGAGAGAGGCAAAGCCAUCAUUCUACCUUGUGCUACUCAGCACCCAUCAGCAAACUCCAGAAGACAAAGAGGGAUAUCAGAUGGCUUCAAGGAGUAACUGGUGAAUGGUUUGAAGAAGUUCAAAGGAAAAAGUUUUGCAAUGAAACAGAUGUUAGCCAAAUGUUAAAACAACCAGUUACAUACAGACUGAGAAAGGGGAUGGCAGAAAAUGAUCCUAUGGAAUUACAAACAUCAAGAUCUAAAAAUAUACCUAAUCAAAGAAACCCAACAUCCGUUCCUUGUCAGCUGAGCUUCAGAUCAUCAUUUGCUUCUCUAUUCUCAUUCAGAAAAUCCAGAAAGGAGACUUUAAAGCUUCAACCACUGGGAGAGAAAGGAUGUGACGACCACAUACCUCCUGUGUCUGUGAGGGGAACUGCUUUGCAGGCAAAAAUAUACAAUUCACCUCUGGAAAAUCAACCCAUUGGCAGUGCAUUUGUCCCCAAGCCAGCAGGCAUGAGGGAGGGAAGUAGCAUGCCUCCGUGGGAUGCUUCACUGCUAGAGGAUGAGUUUUUCCAAGUUUUAGAUGAUUUGGAUGGAAAACUGGCUCAGGAACAGUCUCCAAGCUCAUUGGAUGCCAGAACACCUCUCAACUAUGGAUCAAGAACACAGUUCAGUCGUUUUUACUCCAGUGGGAAUAAACACCGUAAUAUCACAGCAAGGCACAAAAAUUGCUGUAAUGAAACUUCUAAUAUGUCUAUCUAUGACAUCCUAAGACCAGGAACCUCUAAGGAAGGUUUUAAAACCUUUUCUCCUAGAACAAGGACAAUCUGUGAUAUGUACAAGACAAGGGAACCCAGAGUCUUAAAAGAAGAUUAUGUGCAAAAGAAUAUUUUUGGUAGUAUUUCUCUGUAUUUUGACAGCAGACAACAAUCAGCCUCACCAGCUACAGGGUAUUUCACAGCAAGAAGCUUACCUUUUUCAGCCACAACUCAGAUCAAGACUGGGUUUAUACCACCAAGCCACCAACAGAGCCCAAAGAGAACUCCUUUAUCAUCUAUCAUAUGGAAUAGAUCAGAUUCCUCUAGUGAUAGGCAGAACCAGGAAGAGUUCCUGAGGGCACCAUCACCAAUGGAAAUUGACCUUGCUGACCAGUAUAUGUAUCCCAGGUGUUUUCAGGAGGAUAGGAGAUAUGAAUUUUACCAUCCACAGAGUGUUCACCGAAGUGUUGGUUUAAAUGCCCCCAUGAAUAAUGCAAUGAGUGCUGACCCAUUUGAGAACUCAGAGAAUAUGCUGUUCUACCAUGAAGAUAACCCAUUUACUGGGUCUUUCCUUAGCAAUACCUUUGGAUGGAGCAGGGAACAGAGAUUUAGACCAAGUCCUUUUGGGGGCCAACAGGAAAAACAUUCUUCCUGGUCUGACUUUCAUCAAAGCAGGAAACCAUUCACUUCUUCUGACAGAGACUUUGAAAUGAUCUCCAUUGAAGCAAAUAGUGCAUUUUUAGCUGGUCAUUGUCAUAGUGUUCCUUCUCAACACUGGGGGUCAUUUUCUCCUAGGUACAGGACAAAUAUUUCCAGAAACCAAGAGAAGCCACAUCCCUCACAGUUUGAUUCUCAGGCAUCCACACUGGAGAGCAUGGAGGUGUCACAAGUUAAAAGGAACCAGUCUACUUAUUUUAGUGCACCAAAUGUUUGCCCCAUGCCUGGUUCAAGCUAUCACAUCAAAUCUGAUGGGUUAGAAUGUCAACAGGACAGUUCUCCUAUGGAACUACAUAUAAACAAAGAACCUUACUCAUUUGAAAUUGCUCAAACUCUAGCAUCCUCAUUCAAAACUACCUUCCCACAGAUUCCUGAUGACAGAGGGAAUCCUCAGAGUCCCAACUUUCAGAAUCCCACAGUCACUUUGCAGAAAAUUAAGCCUGCUUCUCUUCCAAUCAGAAACUAUACAGAAGUCACUGGGACCAACAGUGAUUCAGUUGAUUCUCCACCUCUGACUGAAAGCCAACCCAAUAUCUUGGUCACGGAAGUGAAUAAUGAGAAAGACUUGAAUGGAUCUGUUUUGGAAAAAGACAAACAACUAAACAAGAUAGACCAGACAACCAUGACAGGUGAAAUACCCCAACUUGUUUCACAGACAGUAAUUUCUAACCCUUUACCUGAUUUUCAAAAUCUCCUCUCUCAGGACUCAGCCAAGAGCAACAGAUUUGUUUUUAAUGCAUCUACGACAAUAAGUUCAAAAAGUUUACCUGGAGAGAUUUCCAGGAGAGAUAUCUCCAAAAUUCAUAAAGCCAAUGAACUAAAAAAAGAUAAGAGUUAUACUGGGAACAGAAAACUUGGCUCAGCAACUUCCCUUCCUUUCAUUCAGGAAAGCAAAACAACAUCACCUUCUCUCAGCCCAAAUCAAGGUUUUCACCAGGAAUUAACAGUAAGAAAUAAAGAUAUUUCAAACAUUAUUAAAAAUAACCACGGGAGUCCUGAACGUACUGAUAAUCAAAAUGCACAGUCUUCAGAAAAGCCUGCUGUUUUAGAUACCAAGGAAGAACAAUGUACCACAACUUAUUCUACCAACUGCAGCAAGUCACCUGCCAACCACAAUGUGCCAUGUGAUUCUUUAGAUCUGUCAUCAGGUACACUACCAGAUUCCUUACCAUCAAAUGAUUCUUGCCUUGAUGCUCUGGUGAUUCCUUCUACUGCAGGGUUCUCCUGGAAAUGUCCUUCAAGCAAAGAUCUGUCUCUGGGAGAAAGAGAAGAAAAAGACAAUGAUUGCAAGAACCAAAAUAGUCAAUUUUCCCUAAGCCUCUCAGAAAACCAAAAGAGUAAUGUUAAUUGUAUGCCUGUACAUAAUGAAGUGGUUGAUGUUGUCAAAUGCCAUUCACAUCCUCCUUUCAGGGAUGGAAAGGGAAAAGGAAAAAUAAGACGACGUAUAUCCUAUACCGAAAAAUUAAGCAAAACGGAAAGUAGAUCAAUACCCACAAGUGACAGCAGUAACCUCAUUGAGGGAACUGAAAGCAAUUCCAAGCCUCCUGAGCUUCACACAAUUUAUUGUACCUUACCAAGAAAAUCAGCCAGUUUUCUCAUCAAUAACAGGAAGUCUGAAAGUAAGAUAAUGCCUUCUUCGUUUAGGAAUGAGCAACUUGCAUUCCAAAUCAAAAAUGAUGUGGAAGAUCCAGUAGGGAAGUACACAUCAAACAAAUUCAGUCCCAGUUCUUGUGAGUCAGAGAGCAAAUAUUCUGGAGUAGUUUCAGACUCAGUCUCAAUACCACCUGAAGCCACAGAGGAGAUGACAAAUAUGACAAACAUUGGAUCUGCUUCUGUUAGAAAAGGACCACUUCAAGUCCUCAUCAAGAGGGCUGUGUCAUGUCCCUCAGGGGUGCCAUAUGCCUCAACUGGAAGAGAUGAAAGAGAAGAAGGUUUAGUCUCAGAUACAGAUGCUUCUAUUAUAACACUAAAGCCUUGGGAGAGACUCAUUAACCCUCUGGGAAGUGACUCAUCUGUUCGGGAGUGUUCUUUAAGCAAAAGACACCACCAGAAGGAAUACUUUCAGGAAUGCACUGAAAAGAAUGGUAGAAUUUCUGCCUCCAGGACAGGUAUAUUUUCCCAUCCAAAUGAACACCCUUUACCUUUUUCUGCAGAUUUGUCAGGCAAAGAAAGUGAGAAAACAUUACAUAAAUUUAAGACCACUAGCAUGUUUUCUGUUUCUGGUGAUGAAGAUAAUGUGAAAUGUCUUGAGGUGAUUUCAAUAUACUAUACUCUACCAAGGAAACACAGAAAAAAGUUCUGUAACCUUCUUCAAAAGUAUACACAAAAUAUCGAUUCACUUACAGAAUCAACUAAAGUGGGGACUGAAAUAUCUCCUAAUGCUUUAGAAAAAGACAAACUAAAUUGUUCUACACACGAGCAGUCAGGAACACCUUCAUCUAAAGAUCUAAAGAUGCAGGUCAGCUCUGCUCAGGAGAACAGCCAUCUUUCUCACACCACUGAAAAUAUGACUGGUUUACAAUUACCAAGUUUUAGGUCCUCAGAGCCUACAUUACAGGAAAUUGCUUCUAUUGAAGCAGAUGUUUCUCUUCAUAAAGGAGAACCUAAAUCUAGAGAGGUUUCCCCACACAACUUAGCUAAAACACCUUUAUGUGAUUCACAAAGCAAGAAAGAGAAAGGGGGAAAAUUGCGAAGUGAAACCCUGUAUACUUCACUAAUGCUUCAGAGAAAAAAAGUUACAAGAGAGAAAUCUGAAAAUUGUCAGCAAUACAUUAAAUCAGGUAACAGUGAUUUUUCUAACCUCCCAGCCCAUUCAGAAGAGAAUGUUGAAAAUUCACAAAUUAUUAGAAGUUCUGGGGAGUGUACAAGUAGUGCUAUAACCAUUACAGCUACUGGAAGUCUUCAGAAAGAUAUAACAGGUAUAGCUAUAGAUGAUAGCUCCAAUGGAUUGCAGCCUGGGGAAGUAAGAGGGGGAAUUAGAAAAGAUUUCCCAAAAAACCCUGAUAAACCACUUUCUGACUCAGAAAGCCAAGUCUUUGCUCUUACUCCAGCCUUGCAUAAACUACAGCUUGAUGAGAAGACUUGUUCAAGUGAACAAGAUUUAGACAGUUUACAGUCUGAACCCAGAGAACUACCUCAAAGAAGUCAGGAGGUAAAUAUGACAGAGAGCAAGGCUAAAGAUGAAAUGCAGGAGUUGGCAUGGAAUCAACCUUCACUUCUUGAAGGAAGUAAUAAAAGUAAAAAAAGCUUGGAUGACCUAGAAAAAGGGGAAAACAGAUCUUCAGUUAAACACAGAUUGGCAGUUAUGUCCAAAGCAAGCAGAAAAUUUCCAGCUGAAGAUUUAUACCCCAGAAGACAUGUAACUACUAUCUUUCCUCAAAGUGGGAACAAUUCUGGCUUUAGCACCUUAUCCCCUGGCACACCAGAGUGCAACCCACACUCCCCUGUGCCUACGUUAAAGUCCACAGAAUCCACAGAUGAAAGCAGGUUAAGUAAUGAUGGAGUAAAUGUGGAGAAAUCCGAGGACCCUCUCCAGGUUACUGCAAUAACCAACAGAGAAACUUCUACACACUUAAGCAAUCAGAAGUCUAACAAUAUUUCACAGCCACAUCAAAAUGAGUUUAAAAAAAUCUCAGAAUCACAACUAAAGUAUGAGAAUUCUAAGGAUGUAACAGUAGCUCAGAUUUUGGAAGGAGAGUCAGAAGCCCUGGCCCAACCCUCAUUGAUCAGCCUCAGGGAAGCAGAUUUCCCUGACCAUCAGAGGGGGCUGAACCCUCCUUUUCAAUUGGAACCUGCAGAGAAAUCUACAGUAAGCAUGCCACUGGCCAGUUUUCAGCAACAACAAAGGAGUGCUUCAUCUCUGGAGUGGGAACCUGAGCCACACCCCUAUCAUUCAAAGAGUUUAAAAAGCAUCAAUGUGCACGGUGCUCUACUACGAAAAAGUCAUCCUCCAAAAUUCAGAGAGCGUCAUUUUUCUGAAAGUACUUCUAUUGACAAUGCCCUGAGUCAACUGACCCUUGGGAAUGAAUUCUCUAACAACACUGGGUACAGUCGAAGAUUCAAAUCUUUUUCUGAACUACCCUCCUGUGAUGAAAAUGAAAGCUGGGCUUUGUACAACAGCGGGCCAAAAAUGGGUCCUAGGUCUGCAACAUCUAUAUCCAGACCUAUUGACUAUGGGAUAUUUGGGAAAGAACAACAACUGGCUUUCUUGGAGAAUGUAAAGAGGUCACUCACACAAGGAAGAUUAUGGAAACCAAGUUUUCUUAAGAACCCUGGCUUCCUGAAAGAUAAUGUAGUUAACCCUCCUAACCCAACAGAGUCAUCAAGUUCUAAUUCUCCUAGUAAUCAGAUGCCAAAAGAUGGCUUAUCUCUAAGUGCACCACUUAAUAUCUAUGAAGAUGAUCCAGUAGACUCAGAUUGUGACACAGACACAACCACGGAUGACGAAUACUACCUGGAUGAAAAUGACAAAGAGUCAGAACUGUGAAGCUUUUUCUAUAAAAUGUAUAACCUUUUCACCAAAAGUUUGUAAUGUAGGGCUUCCCUGGUGGCGCAGUGGUUGAGAGUCCGCCUGCCAAUGCAGGGGACACGGGUUCGUGCCCCGGUCCGGGAAGAUCCCACAUGCCGCGGA